AACGAAUGGACGUUACUCCUCUCAAAGCAAGUUGGGGCACAUAUCAUAUACAGAACAUGAGGAAGAAAAGUAGGGAUUUAACUGAAUCAGUGUGCUGAGACUUAAAAUAUUUAAGGAAUCAAAUGUUUAUCGAUUGUUUUUCGAGUCGUCGAUCAUGCCUUUCUUGCUGUUCAUUGCUAGACGGAAACUUUUGAAAAUACAUUUGUCAUUGUGAAGACAAUGAAUCGUUUGAAUGUGCGUGUCAGUCAAAGUGUUAGUAAUCCAAGUGGACUAAAAAUGACAGCAUAUAUCUAUCUUUCAACAUAAAUAUUUGAGAUCAGGUUAUUUUGAAGCUUAUAGUGGGAGAAGAGAAAAUUUUGGAUUCAAAGUUCAGAAUGUAUCCUUGAUGGGCAGAAGGGCAGCAGCAUUAUUUAGCAUGCAGACGUGAAAACAGCAGGAAAAAGACCGCCCCUUGAAGAGGGUAAUGAUGAGCUGACACUUGGUCACUCAAACUACUUACUCAGAAUCAAAAUACUCCCUUGAAAACAUCCAUGAUGAACAAACAUCAGUCAAAGAUGUCUUUGAAAGAUGUGUGUUUAGACUCUGUUUUUGAUCCUAGUCCCUUCCCUCAUGGUGAUGCAAAACAACAACAGUUGGCAGGAAGAAAGAUGCCUGCUUCACCAGAUGAUGUCCAUCCUCUUCCUUUGAAUGUACAUGCUCAGAGCCACAGUGCUGAAGGUAUCAGGACAUUAUCCAGACUUGGUAUAAAAGAAGGGGCGUACCAUCCGAGCCCCAGGCAAGUGCCCCACAGUCUUCUGAAUUGUGGAAGCAGUCUGCAUUCUGAUGCAUACCUUCGACAAGCUCUUACCAGUCCUUACACCAGAAGGACAAAAGAUACAUUGUUUCCAAGUUCUAAAGAUGGUACAAAUAACAUGAUGGCUGCCAGUCCAUAUGUAGCAAAUGUUAGGACUACAGGUUUCUUAAAAAAAGAUGAUGGAACAAACCAUGUGAAGUAUGGAGAGACUUCUAGGCAUGAGAUUUUUAAGACACCAAUAAGGAAAGAAGAGACUAUACAACAGAAGUAUAGACCAAAUCAUGAGAUGUCUCCACCCUCAUCAGUGUCAUCUGACAGCAGCUCUUGGAGUCGUCACUGCUCACAUAACCCAUUUGAAAUAGGAUCUGAUCGCCUACAUUUCCCCAUGUUCAGUCCUGGAUUGCUUCACACAGUAUCCACACCAUCAAGUACUGAGGGAGGGUCAUUCAGAUGGAAUAUUGAACACCUUGCUGAAUUGCGACCAGUACACAUUGAUGAGAAGGACAUCAAACGACAGCUUGCAAGAUAUAGAAGCUGUACAGAAGAACAAUGGGUGGAUGGAGGCUUCAGAUAACAUCAUCGAAAAAAGCAGCAGCAGAAAGAGUCGGGGUAGAAAGCAGAGAGAACAAAACUAAAUGCUAGGAUAUUUCAAGGAGGUGACAACUGCGUUUCUGUGGCCUGUGAAUUUUCUGGAAUUUACUGUAUUAUUAUGGCAGAAUUGUGUAGCUACGUUUCUUCGUUGGAAUUUGGCAUGCUGAACAGCUGUAUAGAUGUUUUAUUCAUUUUUGGAAAAUCACCUUGGAUUAUCCAGCUUUUUUGCUGCACUGUAUCAGCCUCUGUAUACCAAACUGUGUGCUAAUUCCCCCUCCCUCCCCCCACCCCCCGCAACCAGUUCAUCACCUAUUUUCUGAUGGAAAAAAGAGACUUACAAGAAACUGAAUUUAAAAACUGUGACAUCGUUAUUAUCCUCAUCUUCAGUUAAGGGCAGGCAGCUGAGGUAAAAAUUUUCUUUUAUGUUUUAUGGGAUAGAGCAUAUUUUUGCAGUCACCUUAAUUUUAAAAAAAUUUGGUCUACACAUCUGUACUACACUAGUUGCCCCUCCGUAUUCGCAAAAAAUGCACUCUUCUUUCAAAAGGUCUUUAGAUAUUUAUCUCUUUCUUGAACC